AUGCCAACCGGAGGUGCCGGUUAUGAAAAUGGAACUCUGAUCAAAGACGAAACCACUCAUGAAAUAAGUGUUAAGUGGUCAAUGUCCAGAAACGUGGUGGAGAAGGUCCAUCUUGGUGAAUAUCGUCCCAUGAAUCCAUGCCCAGUCUAUGAAAGAACAACCAAAACACUCUUUCUGUUUUUCAUCUGUGUUGAAGGCAAUGUUUCAGAACAAUGGCAAAGGUUCUGGGGCAUCAACAAGGCCCGUCUCUGCUACAUCACAACCAGGGAUGCUGGUGCGACCUGGAGCUCAGUCAACGAUUUGACAAUAAAUUUUCCUCAAAUGAAAAAGUGGGCAACGUUCGCAGUCGGACCGGGCCACGGCAUCCAAACAGAGAGCGGCAGAUUGAUCGUUCCAGCCUAUGCUUAUGGGUCUUGCCUCUCCUCAUGCUGCUGCAUAUCGUGUUGUUGUGCGGUUUCACGUGCAUUCUGCUUUUACAGCGACGAUAACGGUUUCGCGUGGCAGUCCGGCAACAUGCUGCACAACAAAUCGGUUGAAUGUGAAAUGGCUGAGGUUUUGGAUGGCAAAGGCUGGUACAUUUAUUGCAACGCCCGCAGUAAGAGAGGUUAUAGAGUGGAGGCCGUCAGUGACAACAGAGGAGAAGAUUUCCUCACCCUUCCAUCCGCUGGGAAGCUUGUGGAAACAGGUGGAGGCUGUCAAGGGAGUGUGGUUUCCUUUCCAGCUCAACCUAGCAUGGCAGGUUCAAACCAGUCGCCUCAGUGGCUCCUGUACUCCCAUCCCACCGAUCAGUCCAUAAGGAUGGAUUUAGGGGUGUAUCUGAACAAAUCCCCACUGGAUCCAAAUGCUUGGAGCCAGCCUUGGAUCAUUAAUAAGGGUCCCAGUGGUUACUCUGACCUGGCAUACCUUGAUGAUGGUUGGUUUGCAUGCCUGAUGGAGCGUGGUGAAGCGUCUGAAAUUGAACAAAUUGCAUGCAAAGUCUUUAGCUACGAGCAAAUUCAUUAGAAACUGACACUCAGUGAUUUUUAAUUUUGUGGUGACAGCAUUUUAAUGAGCUCCUAGAGCUGCUUCGUAUUAAAAAUUAAGAAACAAAACAACAUGUUUUGGUCAAUUAAAGGAAUAUUGCUGAACUGCGUAGGGGAGGUUCUGUUGAAGGACUACCCUCCCAAUCCUAUGUCCCAAUAUGCUUUGUGUGAAUUGUGACCAAACUUCUAGAUCAGCAUUCUUACGUGCAAACAGAGCAAAUGUGCAUAGGAACAUUUCCAAUUAUCAACUUUUACAUCUGAAAGGAAACAAUAUAAUCAUAGCUAUACCUGCAUCUUUAAAAAAUUGGAUGAUGACCUGAAGAAAUGGCCUCUGAUUAUGUAUAUUUGCAUGUUUAAAUGCUCCAACAAUUGCUUUGCUUCAGAAAAAGAAUGAAGGUAAAAAUAUUAUUUCAUUUAAUAUUAAUACAAUAAUUUCUAUGCUUUCAGACUGUUUAAAGCUCAUUAAUUAUAGGUUAACCAUGAGGAUAUACCGGGGCGUCUUUGACUAAUGGAGACAUAUUAAUCAUAAAAAGACAGAACUAUGUUACUAGUUAUGUUUUUAACCUACUUAACUUACCUGAUCUGUUCUCGUCACUGCUGAUACACCUUUUCAGCAGUCG